AAAAGGCCGGCCCUGAGCGCAGGGUGGCAUAUCCUGGCUGAGGAUCCGCAGAGAGCGAGAGCUGCAGCCGCAGAACAACAGGACCCGUCAGCGUCCUCCCUCGAGAGAGACCAAGAGGAUCAGAUCAGAGCCAAGCGCCGCAACUGCCUCCUUUUCUCCAUAGACCUUCAGACGCCGCUUCAGCGUCCUCUCCAGUCCCAGAAAAGAGGAAGGGAAGGAGUCUUCCAGGAAUCAUGUCUGCUCCCAAGGGAACGGCCAUCGGCAUCGACCUGGGCACCACCUACUCCUGUGUGGGUGUCUUCCAGCAUGGCAAGGUGGAGAUCAUCGCCAAUGACCAGGGCAACCGUACCACCCCCAGCUAUGUGGCUUUUACGGACACUGAGAGGCUUAUUGGGGAUGCUGCCAAGAACCAGGUGGCCAUGAACCCCCAGAACACCGUCUUUGAUGCCAAGCGGCUGAUCGGCCGCAAGUUCUCUGAACAGGUGGUUCAGUCAGAUAUGAGGCAUUGGCCCUUCCAGGUGGUGAGUGAGGCUGGGAAGCCCAAGGUGCGGGUGUCCUACAAAGGGGAAAACAAGUCCUUCUACCCAGAGGAAAUCUCCUCCAUGGUGCUGAGCAAGAUGAAGGAGACUGCUGAAGCCUACCUGGGCCACCCCGUCAGCAACGCAGUCAUCACUGUGCCAGCCUACUUCAACGAUUCCCAGCGUCAGGCCACCAAGGAUGCUGGGGUCAUAGCGGGCCUCAACGUGCUGAGGAUUAUCAAUGAGCCCACAGCAGCAGCCAUUGCCUAUGGCCUGGACAGGUCUGGCAGGGGGGAGCGGAAUGUGCUCAUCUUCGACCUGGGUGGUGGUACCUUUGAUGUCUCCAUCCUCACCAUCGAUAAUGGCAUUUUUGAGGUAAAAGCCACAGCAGGAGACACCCAUCUGGGUGGGGAGGACUUUGACAAUCGCCUGGUGAACCACUUUGUGGAAGAGUUUAAGCGGAAAUACAAAAAGGACAUAAGCCAGAACAAGAGGGCCGUGAGGAGGCUGCGGACAGCUUGUGAACGCGCAAAGCGGACCCUCUCAUCCAGCACCCAGGCUAACCUGGAGAUUGAUUCUUUGUAUGAGGGUACGGACUUUUAUACCACUAUUACUAGGGCUCGAUUUGAGGAGCUGUGCUCAGACCUCUUCCGGGGAACCCUAGAGCCAGUGGAGAAGGCGCUUCGGGAUGCCAAGAUGGACAAGACCCAGAUCCAUGACAUCGUUUUGGUUGGGGGCUCCACCCGAAUCCCUAAAGUCCAGAAACUGCUUCAGGACUUCUUCAAUGGCAAAGAGCUCAACAAGAGCAUUAACCCUGAUGAAGCUGUGGCCUAUGGGGCAGCAGUACAGGCAGCUGUGUUGAUGGGAGACAAGUCAGAAAAGGUACAGGAUCUCUUGCUCCUGGAUGUGACCCCCCUGUCCCUGGGUCUCGAGACAGCAGGUGGGGUGAUGACAACUCUGAUCAAGAGGAACUCCACCAUCCCCACCAAGCAGACGCAGACCUUCACCACCUACUCAGACAACCAGCCGGGUGUCCUGAUCCAAGUGUACGAAGGGGAGCGAGCCAUGACUCGGGACAACAACCUGCUGGGACGCUUUGAGCUGUCAGGCAUUCCGCCUGCGCCCCGUGGGGUCCCCCAGGUCGAGGUCACCUUUGACAUCGAUGCCAAUGGCAUCUUGAACGUCUCCGCCACAGACAAGAGCACAGGCAAGGCCAACAAGAUUACCAUCACCAAUGACAAGGGCCGGCUGAGCAAGGAGGAGGUGGAGAGGAUGGUGCAGGAUGCUGAGAAGUACAAGGCUGAAGAUGAGGCUCAGCGUGAAAGGGUGACGGCUAAGAAUUCUCUAGAGUCUUAUGCCUUCCACGUGAAGAGUGCUAUGCAAGAGGAUGGCCUUCAGGACAAGAUCAAGGAGGAAGACAAGAGAAAGGUGCUGGGAAAGUGCCAGGAAGUCCUCUCCUGGUUGGAGGUGAACCAACUGGCAGAGAAGGAUGAGUAUGAACACCAGAAGAAGGAACUAGAGCGAGUGUGUCACCCCAUCAUUUCCCAGCUGUACCUGGCACCAGGUUCACAGGGAGGGAACAGCUGUGGGGCCCAGGCCCGCCAUUCAAAUCCCACCCCUGGACCCACCAUUGAAGAGGUGGAUUAAAUAAAUGACUUUUGCUAGCAAGGAAACUGUAAGCUAAUGAACAACAGGUGCAAAUAGUACUUAUGUCUCUAGUAAGCCCCAGGACUUGCUCUUUCCCCCACUGCUAUCACGGGGGAGCCCCACUCCCUGAGGGUCAGUGAUUUUUUUUCUUUACUUCCAACUCUUCUUUUCUAGUUAGGACAAGCAAAAUAUUGUCUAUUUAGGUCUUUAUUUAACUGCUGUAAUGUAUAUUUUCUUAUUUGUCUGUUUGAAUAAUUUAUUAGAAAAAUGAUUAUA